AUGGAUUAUUCAUUCUAUUCAAACCAUCCCCAGCAACCUUAUCCUCUCUACGGCGUCCACGGGCUGCCCACUCCCGACCAAGGCAAUUCGGCCCCUCAAGCCGAGGCCAUCCAGGGCGCUUUCGCUCCUUUGGGAGCGCAAAACUACCAGUCUUUCGAUCCGAACUUGCGCUUUCAGGAUCCUCACGCAGCCGCUGCCUUCGUUGCCCCGCCACACUCGCCUCCCGAGUCCCUCACCAAGCAGUCGGUCACCAGCAAUGAAUUUUCUAGCCAGAACGUUGAUCGAGCCUCUUACGAUGGAGAUGAUCAGCUCUUAGACCAUAGUCUCGGUCGGAGCAGCAGCGAGGAGAAAGAGAGUCUGACCCCGGCGCAAUCGAAGCGAAAGGCCCAGAACAGAGCUGCUCAGCGCGCAUUUCGUGAACGCAAAGAGCGCCAUGUGCGUGAACUGGAAGAGAAAGUUAACAACCUUGAGAAUGCAUCAAACACUCUUGCGGCGGACAAUGAGCGACUGAAGAGAGAGCUGGCAAAGUUUACGACCGAAAAUGAGAUACUUCGGGCAACAUCAACUUCAAUGCGCCAGUCAGGCCAGCGCUCCACCGAUGAGGAACCGACAACGACAGGGCCAUUGCAAUACUCGCCCACGGAUUUCAAAUCCGAUGCAGUUGGGAGUAAUGGCCCCGCUCAUCGCAUCACCAUAUGCGGAAAGACGGGUGAGAAACUGCUUGACUCGGGAGCCACCUGGGAUCUCAUCCAGAAUCAUGAGCUCUUCAAGCGUGGCCUAGUGAAUAUUGGCGAUGUCUCGGGUCGGUUGCAAGGUACUGCUCAGUGCGAUGGGCAGGGGCCUGCCUUUCGGGAAAGCCAGGUCCUUCAGGCCAUUGAAGAAAGUGCAGCUGCUGGCAACGAUGACUUGUUGUGA